UCAGAACUGCAAGACGCUCAUAUUGCGUUACAUUGUAGCAAAAUGGCGGCUGUCAUUCAGAAUCCACUAAAAGCGUUGGGUGACCAGUUCUACCAGGAUGCCAUUGAGCAGUGCCGCAGCUACAACGCCCGGCUGUGCGCCGAGCGCAGCGUCCGGCUGCCCUUCCUGGACUCCCAGACUGGCGUGGCUCAGAACAACUGCUACAUCUGGAUGGAGCGCCACCAUCGCAGCCCUGGAGUGGCUGCAGGGCAGAUGUAUACGUACCCAGCGCGCUGCUGGAGGAAGAAGAGGCGGCUUCACACCUCUAUGGAUCCUCGCCUUGGCCUGUGUGGUCUGCAGUUAGAUGGGGGUGUGAUGUCAAAGGACUCCCUGCCCAACCAGAGCACCACCCUGGAGGCUCUGCUACGAGGAGAAGGUCUGGACAAGAGAAACAACUCGAAGGAGGAAGAGAGUCUCUUAGAGAUCCAGCGGGUACUGGAGGCGGAUGCUGCGGAAGAUGCGUUCCACGACGAUGAGGAUUACGAAGUGGACACUCCCAAAAGGAGACACAGAGGCAAAGGCAGGGGUCGAGGUACAGGCCGGCGGAGGACGGAGAGAGAUGACCAGGACAAGCCAUACGUCUGCGACAUCUGUGGGAAGCGCUACAGGAACCGCACAGGGCUGAGCUAUCACUACACCCACUCCCACCUGGGGGAGAGCAGAGCAACAGAGAGGGGCUCCGGGACCAGGUCACCGUCCACACACCGACCCGACAAACACAAACGCCUGAAGGUUCCAGGCGGGUCCAGCAUCUCCAACAACAGCUGCUCAAACUGCCGGGGCUCCCACAGGAGAGCAGGACACCCGGGCCAGAGAGCCCCCUGCGACGCCUGCCGGAUCCCUGCAGGGUGCCGAGAGAAGGAGGAGAGGUCCCUGGUGGGGGCAGAGGAGCUGUUUGGCACCACCUCAGAGAGCGACACCUCCACCUUUCACGGCUUCGAGGAUGACGAUCUGGAGGAGCUUCCCUCAAACGGCCACGGCUUGUCCAGCAGACACAGAUAGGACGCACUGCUCCCAUCCAAGGACUAUUUUUUAAUUGGAAGAACCUCUGGCACAAGUCUGCUGCUUCUUUGUCAAUGUUUUUGUUUUGUGGAAAAGAGACAGUUAGCACAAGUGGUGAUGAUGAUUUCAGGACAGAACGGCAAGUGUUAUUUUAUCUACUGAACUUGUAGAAUAAUUUACUGUUGAAUAAUUUAUGAACAUGUUUUUUUUUUUUAUUACUUUAAAGAAGAGUAACUGACAGUGGUUCUUGAGAAGUGCUCUCCUAGGUUAACAGAAGAAAUAUUUCCCCCUCAUUGGAGCCGAGAGGCAAGAACGAGAUGAACAAAAAACACUGGAAUGCUUGGAAACAUUUGUGUUGCUCCCUUUUGGAUAAUUUUGCCAGAGAUUUCUUUUUUUUAAUAUAAUUUAUCAAAAAUUCAGACUGAAAUGUUAAACUUGAGAUUGGAAGAGGAAGGACUGUCCUUCCCUCAUGUGGUUGAAGUCACUGGACUAGGAGGUCAGGCUGUGAGAAGGAAUUAAGACAUUGUGCUUUGGCUUUUCUGUUCUCUGGAUUAAAACAGUGAAAAUGAAGGAAUUAAUCAGUCGAUGAAAAGAACCAAGUGGAGGAGGUGUAUGAAGAUUAUUCUAAAAGAGGAGCGUUUGUUAGUCGCAAGGAGCACAGAGCCAUGGCAUGAGGUCCCAGAGGGUCCUGGAGCCAAAGAACCUGCUGGACUAGCCAGCCGGCAGACUAGCCAUCCACCUACACCCCCAGACCCCUCCAGACUAGCCAUCCACCUGCACCCCCAGACCCCUCCAGACUAGCCAUCCACCUGCACCCCCAGACCCCUCCAGACUAGCCAUCCACCUGCACCCCCAGACUGCUCCAUGCUACUCAAACCUCUGUUUUUAAAAGUGGUUCCUCACUAAGGAAUAUGGAUCGAUGGAACAUUUGAAACGACAGUGGACCUACUUUCAUUUCCCCCCCUUGCCCCUCGCUGUGGCCAGGCUGCACUGGUAAAGGCUGGCGUGCGUGCGUGUGCCCCUCUCCUCCAGUCUCUCUUCACCGUGCCCACAGUGACCCAGUGUGACGUCAUCAUCUGCAUCCCUGUGCCUGCCUGCCUGCCACACCACCAAGACUCCUCCUGCCAUGACCCCCGCUACAGAGAUGGUGCUGAACCCCACCACUAACACAACUAAACCUGCGUUAAGCUCUCCUCCUAUGAGGCUUCUCCAUGUCUGUCACAUGAUCUUAGUUGUCUUCAUGCUGGUGGUUGUGAUGUGUGUCUGGACAGGCCCCUCUGGUACCAGCUCAGCCACACUACCUCUACUAAGGCCCCCUGGCCACUCUGCUCCUCCAGUGCAUGUCAACAGCAAGCCCCGCCCCCUGCUUCACGUGAUUGUACACCAUUGGCCGAGAAGGAUUGAAACUCCUCUGCAGGAAGUUCUGAACAUCCAAUCGGAGGAGAGCGGUGUGUUUGGAAUGUCCUGUAGUGUCAACAGAUUUCCUCCCAGCUUUAGGAAACCCUGCAAUAACAACAACCUCGGACGCUAGUUUGCCCCCCCCCCCCUCCCCCCCCUUCCCCCAGCCAGUGCAAUGGGGAAUAUUACCUUUCUGUUUUCUGCUUAUUCAUAUUUCAUUACCACUUGCAAUUUUUUUUCCCAGUGAACUGUGACUUUGUUAUUUUCAGUAGAAUCAGUUUAAAACAAACAUUUGUACUUAAUGUCAUUUUGUGUCAGACUAAAUGGGAAGCGUGGACAUGCCGUGUUCCCUCGUACAUCUGGUAACUAACAGAUGGGUCUCUAGUCGACGUGAAGAUAUCGAGCCAUUUAUUCUGUAACGGAGUCUAGUUCUUUUUAUGAAGUGUAGAAGGUGCCUGAAGACUCAAAAGCUGGACUUUUUAAUGAAGUUGCCGAGUUCUGUGUAUACUGUCAAAUACCUCUGCAUUUUGGUUUUCGCUGCAUUUUGUGUGGAGAACGAGAAGCCAGAUGCAAGCUGAUAACAUGCAGGAGGGAUACUUGGUUGUUGACGUAAAAAAAAACUCACUCAGUCAUUCUCAACACUGAAUUCCCUCAGGGAUCCCUGUCAUCAACAGUUGAUAACCUUCUCAAGAGAGCUAAUUUUUUGAGGUGGGGUUGUCAACUAAAUUGUUGUCUUUUUAUCGGUGACCGAGUUUCCAUGGUGACUUGAGCAAGGUCUGGAGUCGUGGAUGCUUUUGCUCGCUCAGACAAGCACGAGAGUAAGAGUUUUGUUCCAUUUCCAAUGUUCUCUCAAAUGAACGGGUCUAGCUUGGAGCACUUCCAUACGAAACAAUGUUCCUCAUGGUUAGUCAGUGAUGUCUGCAUAGUAACAAAUGUCACCAAUUAU